AACCAUAAACAACAGAUAACAUCAUUUGGUUACCCAGAGUAUAACCUCAAACAUUUGUUAUGACUAAAAACGCCCUUUUUUUCUGUGUACUUGGCAUUUUUGAAAUUCUUAACUCAAACAAUAUAAAUACAAUGUAUAUUAUUUAUUGAUGUUUCCCUUAAGAUCGAUCAUUACGUUAUUCAUUAAAAUAUAUUGGUAUUAUUAUGAUAGAUACUAAUUGUUUUACAAUUCGUCGAUGAAUCGUAUAGUCAACUACUACUACUACUACUACGUAUUCUUGGUUUCGGCCUUGUAAUGGACUCAAUCUGAAAGUAAAUGUUAUUUGCUAACGUUCUCCGGUGUACGUUAUUUCCUUAACUACCUAUUGCUAAUUGUUAUUUUAUAAUUUUUAGAAUAAUCUCAAAUAAAUAUAGAUAAUUUAACGGAAUGUAUGAAAACGCAUCAACCAAAGUGGCCGUUACGACAUCUGUAACUCCCGUACAUGGUCGGCCGGAAUUUAGCAAACACAGAAAUAGCAAUCACCAAAGGAACCUUAGCCUUGACUUUCGGUAUGAUGUGACUUACUCGAUUUAUAAUAUUCUGAUUUUCCUUUAUGUUUUUUUUUCUUUUAAAUCUGUCCAAUAUGUACCAAUUAGAGAAUCUUGGUACUCGAACAUCAAUUUUGAUGUAAAUAAAAUAAAUACCUACCUAGGUAUUAAAUAUAAUUAAGUUUAAUGUAUUAUUCCAUUAACAAUUGUUUUUAUUUAUUUUGAUAUAAGUAGAUAGGUAUCUAUGUUUAUACUUAUUUUACAAUUUACUAUCAAAUGUAUUAAUUGGCUUACCAAACUUUAAAUUUUCAAUGACCAACACUAAAAUAAAUGGGAAUGAGUAAUACAAUUUGAAUUAUAAAAUUUAUUCACACAGCUAUAUAAAAUUUCACAAAACAAUUUGUUUCUAUUUUCUGUGUUGAAUGAAAAGGUCAAUGGGUAUUGUUUUACCACCCAUAAAUCAUCCGUCCCACCAUCGAAACCGUAGUUUGGAUUCUGUUCUUACUAAAAUACCAGAAGUGGACGUGACACCAAGCCCUGAAUGCCCCGAACCGAUAUGUGUACCAACGUCUGACUCACACAUCCAUUCAGAUGAUUCAGGCAUUGGAAGGUAAUUGCUGUUUACUUAUCGAAAUCACAACAAAUAAUAAUUGUCAUAUAGUUAUAAAUUAUUAUAGCUCUGAGAUAACGAGCAGCUGUAGUCGAGAGAGUCUCAGCUGCUCGGAACCCAGCCCUUCCAAACAAGGAGGCUGCAAUGGUCAGACAUUCGACAAAGUUUCAAAGAGUUUUCUGCUCAGACUUAUUGAAUCCAAACUUUUCGAUAUGCCAAUGGCCAUCAUGUAUCUUUUCAAUUCAAAAGAACCUGGUGUUCAACGUUAUAUAGGUAACGAUAUUCAAAUUAAAUUGAUUAUUCUAGUUGUUUAUAUAAAUUUCAUAUAAAUUUUCAGGUGAUAAAUUGUUUAGUUUUGAUGAUAAUUCUGUUGAUUUUUUCUUGCCACAAUUAAUUAGCAUGUAUAUACAAAUGGACGAUAUAGCAGAAGCUAUAGAUCCAUAUUUGGUACAUAGGUAUGUUAACAAUUUGUGUUGUCAUUACUUUUUGAUAAUUUUCAAUAUUAUUUCAGGUGUCGCAAAUCAUGUGAUUUUUCAAUUAAAUGUGCAUGGUUGUUGAAUGCCUUUCACGAUUUAAAUGUGGAAUCGAAAUCUCGAGGUGGGCAAUUGAUCAGUACAAUUCUCAAUGAACAUUACAAACAGGGACCAAAUGAAUCGACCCCUAUGGAUUCGUUCAACCUAUUAACUAAAAAGACUCAUUGUAGGUCUAGAUCAGAUAGUUCAAUGGUCAAUGUAAAUGGAGUUCAAAUUGGUAAUUUACAUAUUAUUAAAACUAAAACCAAUAAAUUAACUAGAAAACUAAUAUCUACAACUAUGAAUUAUAAGUAAAAAUUUGUUCUGUUCUAUUUUAGUUAAAGAAAGAAAUUUUUUAGGGGAUUUAAGUUCUGGUAUGGCAUUUGAUAAUAGAUGUACUUGCACUGAACAAAUAACUGAAUGUCGUUGUGGCGUAAGUCAAAUAUCUGAAACAAAUCAAAUAUUACUUAACCUAGGUAAUAUAUAAUUUAUAAAUUUUUGUGUAGGCUCCAAGAAUGUGCUCCGAAGUAGAAUUUAUCAAAUGCUUAACAACUCUCGGUCGUGAUUUGGCCAAACAACCUACUAGAGAAGCGAGAACUACAUAUCUUUAUAGUCAAUUGAGCUUGAUCAACAAGAAUUUGCCUGCCAAAGUCUGGAUACCAUUGUACAACUGUAAUCAUCAUGUUUUAUCGAUUCCUCCACGUGUUGCAGCUAUUUUGAAUUCUAAAGACAAAGUAAAUUGAUUUUUUUAAAUUGAGUAUAGCUACAGGAUCUGGAUGUAUAUGAUUAACAAUAUUCAAAGUAAAAUUUCUAUACAAAAUUAAUUUAUUAUUUUUAACUUUAAUUAUUUAGUAAUUAUAUUUACUAAAAGAUAUAAAACAAAAUAUUUGAAUUGUAUUAACAUGUUUACAGAAAUUAUUAUUAAUUUUUAAUGAUUCACAACAAUAAUUGUCUUUAAAAUUUUUUAUAAUAUUAUUAUUCUAGAAUACUAAAAAACUAUAUUAAUGAUUCAAUGUAGAAAGAAAACUUAUAUUUUUUAAAUACCAAUGUUCUAUAUAAAUAAAAAAUGUAGUUGCCUCAUCUACAAUAAAUGUUUAUUAUUUGUCACUGACAAAUCUAAAUUCUAGAAAUAGUAUACAAUAUGUAAUUUUUUUCACUUAUUUAAAUUGUUGUUAUCAUAUCAUUAUUAAAUAAUAGUGCUUUAAAUUCCCUGCAUAAAUAAUAUUUUUUGUAAAUAAUAAAACGCAAUUUUUUUUUUAAAAAAAUAGAAAGUAGAGGUCAUGUAUAAAUAAAAUUCACAAGGGUUCUCAUUUUGUAUGGUGAUACAUAAUGAUUGUAAACUUAUUGUACUUUAAAAUCUUAAAAAUGCAUUUUAAAGCCUUAAUAAUGUUAAUAUACUAAAUAUCUAAAUAACCUAAUCGUUUACAAAUAAAUAAAUACAUACACACAAACAUACAGCUUGUGUUAAGUAACUUAAAACAAUAUAAAAUAUAAGUAUGACAUAGCAGGGUAAUUUUUUUUUAUCGUUUUAACACAUUAUUUUGUAAAUUAAAAGUUAAUCAAGCCCCCAAAAACAAGGGCGAGACAAAAUGAUGGUAAUGUAAAAUUCUAGAUCAGCUCGUUUCUUAAAUUAUCAAAACAUUUUUUUUAAAUUUUACUUUGCAAAAUAAUGAGUGUUCAACGAUAAAAGAAUCCCCCUGUAUACAGCUCGUUUAAAUUAAAAAUAUGAAGUUAUCUUUAAAGACAAAAUAAGUUUUCUAAACUACUAAAAAAAAUUUGUUCUAUAUUUCACAGCCCUAGUUAUAAAUAUAGAGAAAUAUCUGAAUAAUGGACACCCUUGGUUGCUAAAUUUUUACCCAUUAUUCAGAGGGGUAAAUUUUUGAAAUUCAUAAAGGAUAAUGUGUAAAUGAAAACAUUUGCACUGUGUAAAUUAAAUUAUGUUGUUAUUAUCAUUAGUCAUCGUAAUCUUAUAUUGUUAGAUAACAAGUUUGUUGAGCGAUUUUAUUAUUGUUAAACCUAAUGCAGUCUUUAUUUUUAAUAAUAAUCCACUGUAAUAGAAAUUCGCUAUUUGUAAUUUUUUCGAGUUAAAUAUUAUUAUUACAUUAUUAGGAGAGUACAUACUAAUUUGAAUGCAUUAUAAUACUGUCAUUUUGUCACUUUUUUUAAAUAAAGACUAACAGUAUCUGCUAUUGGGAGGUGUCCAUUAAAAGAGGUGGUUUCUCUGCAAUGAUUUCUCAUCCCUUAUUUUUUUUUAAUAAUUAGUAAUGUUAGGUUCAAUUAUGUUUUAGGCACCAUUUAUUAUUUACGUGGAGGUAGCUGAAGUGGAAGAUGCUGAACGAUCUCCCUUGACUACUCGAGUAUCGAAUCUACGCCAGACUCGGAGCGAAGAAAAUCUUACUCGGUGUGAAUCUGAAGAUCCCAAGCCUGAAGUAAACAAUCAAAACAUGUUUAUUGUGGCCGGUGACAUUAGACGUCGUCUAACUGUUUCUACAGACAUUAAGAGCUCUUCGCCCACUGAUCCUGAAGAUCCAUCUGCAGCUGCGCUCAAAGAACUUUGGUCGGAAAAAGAAAAACGUGUCAGGGAAAAAUCACCAUAUGGUGGACUUGCUAACUGGAAGCUCUUGCCUGUGAUCGUAAAAACUGGUGAUGAUCUUAGACAAGAACUUCUCGCAUCACAACUUUUACUAACGUUACACAGUAUAUGGAUAACAGAACAAGUACCGUUAAAAGUGUUUCCGUACAAAAUUUUAUGUUUAUCAAAUGACGCUGGUCUAAUAGAACCGGUUUUGAAUACUAUCUCUCUACAUCAGAUCAAAAAACAAAAUAAAAAUUCUCUAUUGACAUACUUUGAAAAUGAAUUCAAAGGAAAUUCACUAAUGGAAGCGAGACAAAAUUUCAUUGAAAGUUGUGCUGCUUAUUCACUUGUUUGUUACUUAAUACAAGUAAAAGACAGGCAUAAUGGAAACAUUCUGAUAGAUAAUCAAGGUAAUCUUAUACACAUUGAUUUUGGAUUUAUAUUGUCGGCGUCACCAAAAAAUCUCGGAUUCGAAAGUUCGCCCUUCAAAUUAACAUCAGAAAUGGUCGAUGUAAUGGGUGGUCUUAAUUCAGAGGGUUUCAAUUACUUUAAACUGCUGAUACUUCGCGGCUUAAUUGCUUCACGUAAACACAUGGACAGAGUUUUGUCUGUUGUACAAAUUAUGCAAUCUGCUAGUAUGAAAAAUUUGAAAUCUUUUAAAAAAUUAAUAUAAAAUUCUAAUUACGUUAACUAUUUAUUUAUUUUUUUACAGACUCUCAAUUACCAUGUUUUAGAGCUGGAGCAACAGCAGUUGUUGGUUCUUUGAAAUGUCGUUUCCAUUUGAAUUUAACAGAGUCUCAACUUGUGGCUCUUGUUGACAACAUGGUCGGGUCAUCAUUGCAUUCUAUCACGACUAAACUGUACGACGGUUUCCAAUACUACACUAAUGGUAUUUUGUGAUUGUUGCUUAUAUCAAACAAUAUUAUAUCGAAAGUUUCCUGCGUUGUAAUUACAUCAUUGGCAAAUACUACUUCAGAGUAAAAUUUUUGUUUAAAAUGAAAAUGAUGAUUUGCUCACUAAAACUGGUCAGUGAAACUCUUAUUCUGUUAUCUAAUGUUAAAAUUAAACAAUCUCCUAAAUGUUUUUUAUACUAAACAAAUAUAUAUGUAUAUAUAUUAUAUUAUAUAUAUAUAUAUUUAUCAAAUAUAAAUUAUUGUAAGUAAACAAAUCCUUUUGUGUAUGUAAUUAUUAUUGUAUACAUAACAUUAUGUAUUGUCUGU